UUAGUAGUAUCACAAUAACUCAUUUUAUAUAUUUUAUUUUCUGGACUUUUAAUUAGAUAUGAGAAUUUGGUAAGGAAAAUGCAGGAGGAAUCCAUCAUAUGUAAUCUAAUUUGUCUUUUGGGAUAUCCAAAAACCAUUUUUCAAUACGUACCAGAUUCUUGUUGUUUUCUUUCUUUUUUCACUUUUUUUUUUUCCACUAACAAUACAUUAUAAAACCAAGUCUCUAUGUCCUCCCAUGAGUGAAAUGUAUAUACAUAGCCUUUUCUCAUUAACAAGCAAAUUGAGAUUUUUUAGAUAGUGAUAGUUUUGAGAGAGAGAGAGAGAGAGAGAGAGAGAGAGAGAGAAAGAAGAGAUAACUUAUGCAUGGCUUCAUCAUCAAAUGCAAGAAGUCAAUUUGAUCUAGCAUUGGGUCUGAAACUAUCCUAUGUCCCUAAAAGCAUACCCAAUUUGAUAAAAGACUUAUCAAGAGAUGAAAGUAGUGAUGAGGUCAAGAUUUUGAUAUUGAAUGAUUACCUUCUCAAGUUUAGAGAAGAACUUAUAUUUGCGGCUGUUUUCAACCAAGAACUCCCUCACUGCAGGCUCCUUCUAUUGGAUGCAAUUGAGUUAUUGAAAGAGGAAAUCAGGAGAAUAAAGAAAGGUAUGGGGCUUGAUGUAGCUGAUAAACCAGGAGAUAUUAAUAUUUUAGCAACAAGGAAGAAUAUGAGCUUCGAAGGGAAAUACAGCAUAGACUUGAAUAACCCUUAUACUGAUAAUCAGCACCAAUGGAGUAACCCUACUGAUCAUCAUCAUCAGCAUGACAAGAUGCAAGAUGGUACAACCCUAAUCACAAACCAGGCUGCUAGUUUAUCACUUGCUCCUUCUCCAAGGGAAAAACAAGAUGGCAUGGACCUGAAAUUGAGAGUAAAUGAUAGGAAACUGAUGAAGUAUAAGCUGAAGCCAUUAACACAGCCGAUUUGCAGAAACAACAGGAGAUCAUGGACACCAGAGCGUCAUGCUAGGUUUGUGGUGGUUCUUCAUAUGCUAGGAGGACCUGAAGUGGCAACACCAAAGCAAAUAAGAGAUCAAAUGCAGGUUGAAGGACUGACAACCAAUCAAGUGAAAAGCCAUCUGCAGAAAUAUAGGCUGAAUUGGAGGAAGAUUCCUGAUACAGUUGUUCAUGGAAAAGCAAAAUUAUACUGUAGUGAUCUUCUGGGGUCAAGUGGAGAAGCAAGCACCGCCAUGGAUGAUAUAGAUUGAAAGCCUUGAGCUUAGCUAUAUAUUGCCAAUGCAUUUAGCAAAUGGAGAAAAGGUUUACUUUAUUUUUUUCCUUAUUAUAUAGUUUUUGUUUCAGAUGAGAGCUACAUAAUAAAUAAUUAUUUCCCUUUUCUUUUC